GAAAAGAGUUGUUUUGGUUGUUUUUGCGGAGUGGGUGGAGUCGUCUUAUCUUAUGUAUAGGAAGGAAUAGCAACAAGUGUGUUUUUAUCAAAGGAAUUGAAAAAAAAAUAUGGGUUGUGCGGUUAGUACAACUGGGGAAAAGGCUGCUUUAGCCAGAUCCCGAAAAAUAGACAGGGAUUUACGAGCAGCUGGUGAAAAAGCAGCCAGUGAAGUCAAACUUCUGCUACUGGGAGCUGGAGAAUCUGGAAAAAGUACAAUCGUAAAGCAGAUGAAAAUUAUUCACGAACUCGGUUACACACAAGAAGAAUGUGAACAGUAUAGACCAGUUGUUUACAGUAAUACUAUACAAAGUUUGGUGGCUAUCAUAAGAGCUAUGGGCCAAUUAAGAAUAGAUUUCGCCGAUCCUAGUAAAACUGACAUUGCAAGACAAUUUUUCACCUAUGUUGGUUCAGCUGAAGAAGGAGAACUAACACCAGAACUUGUAAUGGUGAUGAAAAAACUAUGGCAAGACCCUGGUGUACAGUUGUGUUUCUCCAGAUCCAGAGAGUACCAGUUAAAUGAUUCAGCAGCUUAUUACUUAAAUGCUUUGGAUAGAAUCUCACAUCCUAGUUACAUUCCUUCUCAGCAGGAUGUUUUAAGGACCAGAGUUAAGACAACAGGGAUUGUCGAGACUAAUUUUUCUUUCAAGAAUCUCCACUUUAAGAUGUUUGAUGUCGGCGGACAGCGUUCAGAAAGAAAAAAAUGGAUUCACUGCUUUGAAGGAGUAACUGCAAUCAUAUUUUGUGUAGCCUUGUCAGGUUAUGACUUGGUACUGGCUGAAGAUGAAGAAAUGAACCGAAUGGUAGAAUCAAUGAAACUCUUUGACUCGAUCUGCAACAGCAAAUGGUUCGUGACCACCUCCAUAAUUCUUUUCCUGAACAAGAAAGAUCUGUUUGAAGAAAAAAUCGCCCGCAGUCCAUUGACCAUCUGCUUCCCCGAAUAUACAGGCCCCAACACGUUUGAAGACGCCUCUGCUUACAUCAGAAUGAAAUUCGAAAAUCUGAACAAGCUCAAAGAUCAGAAAGAAAUCUACACGCAUUUUACAUGCGCCACAGAUACCAAUAACAUACAGUUUGUCUUCGAUGCUGUCACCGACGUCAUCAUUAAGAAUAACCUCAAAGAUUGUGGUCUGCUUAUGUAAAUUUUUAGCUGUUUAAUCGCUACGGUGAUAUAUUUAGACGGUAGCGUUCGUUUUCCAAAUCAAUCGUGAUUACCUGGACUAUUUUUUUUUUAUAUAUCGAAAUUGAUUAUACAUUAAAAUAUCCAUUGAAGUUUAGACAAAUUCUGGAAAAUUUGGCAAUUUUUGAGAACAGAUGACAUAAAAAGAAUAAUUAUAACUUUUGAAAAUUCUCUUUGUAUAGUGGCAAUAUUUUCUAGUUUUGAAGGGUAAUCUAUUGCUGUCCAACUUCCAAGUUAAUGAUAUUUUAUUACAUUUUUUCUUUUUUCCUGCAUUGUACCCUACAUUAUAUCUAACUCUCUUAUUCUUUCAUAUCUUUAUUACUCUUUCAUUAUCUUUAGGAAUACAUAUCAACUCUGUUGAUUAUGUAUGACUUUUUUGAAAUUUAUUUGUGCAAUGCCAUAAUGUAGAGUGGGAACAACUAUAGGACUUGUCAUGAUUUCACUCUGGUUUGUCUCCAGGAUUCUCACAAUUUAAACUUGUCAGUAUUUCUACAAAGGCAUAUUGUUAAGAUGGUUAAUGUUUUUGUUGGUUUUUUGGCUCUCCUAAUUAUAUAUUAAGGUGUUAAAAAUGUUUACAUUAUUUCUAGAAAAUACUGUUACCAAAGAAAGCAAUUUCUAGCCCUAAACGAUUUUUUAUAUCAAAUCGUGCUCAUUCCAGAUUCUAUUUCCCAUAAUGCACAAUCAUAAAAAAAAUAGUUCAUGAACUCUUUGUAUAGAAUUGGAAAACGAAGCUGGUUGUCAUUAAAGUAUAUUUUUACCGCCACUAUAGGGAGUUUCAAAAAUAUUAGCGAAAUUGUGUCAAAUUAACAGUGACAUUUUCACUACUUCCAUUUUUGACAAUAAAAAAAGGUGUUGCAAUGAUUAAUCUCUCAUUGUCCUGUAUUUCGAUUCAUUCUUCAACACAAAACAUGCCUUUUUGAUUCUUCAAUAUGAAUAAUAUUCGAAAUAUUAGACAAUGUUUUUGGAACGCCCUGUAGUAGUUCGGUAUUAUCGAGAUUUUUAUCAAGAAAAAGAUGAUUUUCUUAAAAAAGUUUAAUGUAUAUAUGAAAACAAUAUCUUUAAGCCCUACCUAAUGGUUUAUUAUAUACAGGGUGACCUAAAAAGAAGCCAAGUCAAUUAAUUCAAAAUGGCAGCUGAAAAAGCAUUUUUAAGGUUGUUUUCUUAUUUAUUUAUAGGAGAUUUUGUUUUGGCGACGCAAUGUUGUUUUUCUUUACAAAAUUCUGCUUCGCCGGCGCAAUUCCUCUCAAACCCUGAUUAUGAAGUUUAUUUUUACCCAAAAGGGCCAUAUGACAUCCGCAUUGAUUAAUAUUUAGUUAGUUUUAUUUUUUUGCUGUUUACAGAACUGAAGACUUUUCAUUUAGCCAAAUUUAUUAUUUUGUGUACUAUGGUGAAAUUAACAUUUAAUUUACAUCGAAACCAUGACAUAAUAUUAAAUAAUGACGUUUCAAUAGGUUUGUACUUAUUUCGGCUUAAGGAAUUGUAAACAAGAUGAUCUAUCUGACAUUUUUUAAAGUCUAAUUCAUCUGGUAAUAGUACACCAGUACUACUUUACGCAUCCUCUACAACAGCUGUGAAAUUUUAGAUAUACCAGGAAUAUUUUUUGACACUUUUAUGAGUGUUUCUCUAAAAAAAGCGAUGACAUUCCUGGAUAAUUUGGUCUUGAAGUUUCUACAUCAAAGCUGGUUGAAUUUUAAAAACUACGUACUUAAUUGGCCCAUUGGAAAAAAAAUCGAUAGGCGUUAAAUCCGGUUAUCUAGUGGGCCACUUAUUCUUUUCUACCAAUCUAUUGGUGUGAAUAAUGUAACUUUUCUGCUAAUACUUAAUUUUCACUGAUAUUAUCGCAUUUGAGCACAUUUCUAACAAAUUCUUAUGAUAGUGCACAUUUUUUACUAUAAUAUUUAAAUUUAUUGUUGAUUGUUUUGUGUGAAGUAUUAAUGGUCAAAAAACAGGAUAGAAACAUUUAAAAUUUGUCAGAUUUUGAUUACAUAAUAGAAUAGUCACAAAAACUUCUAAAUUUAUUUUAGAACGUUAUAAAAAAUUAUGUGUCAUUUGUUGGCCGAUUUCACUAAAGUACAGUAUUUGCUCUCUUUUUUUUUUAAUAGAUUUUUAGUUAUUUCGAAGCCAUAUAACUUAUUUAGAAUUAUAUAUCAUUCCUAAAAGACUUAUAUCGAAACGAAAUCUGCCCUAAAUGCAGUAUUCAGAUUUUUAUAAUAUUUUUACAAAAGAAAUUAACUUUUUACUAUUUAUUGUAUUAUAGUGUAAAGAGAUUACGUAGUCGAAUAUGUAAGACUUAAAAAAUGCCAUGGCCAGAUGAAAUAAUAAUUCAAUAAUAUUUUACUGUUGAAUUUGUGCCUUUUUGAUUUCUAUAAAAUAAUCCGUGGCGAGGUGUAUAAUCAUCGUGCCAAAUGUACAAAAACGCAAUUGAUACUUUCGUAUAAUUACAAAAUAAAUUAUACAUAUGUAUAAGCUCAAGCCAUUAGACACACGCCUAGCAGAAACCAAAUCAGUUGAAAUAAUCCCAAUGUAAUAAUAAUUAUAUGAUGUAUGAUGAUAAAUUAUAAUAAUGAUAUAGAAUUUAAAUUUAUCUUUCUUCUUGUUUCGAUGUGAUUUCACAAAUUUUAAAAUGCAAUCGUAUGUUAGGAGAUCUUUCUUAUAUAUUAAAUAUAAGGAGUGAUCCACAAAAAUUGAUUCUAAAGUAAAUCACUCUUUAAAAUAGGUCCUAAGACACCAUAAUUUGAAAUAUUUGUAUGUUAAGUGACCCGAAACUCGUCUUUU